AUGGGCUUCUUCCGCCGCAUCUUUGCCUUCUUGGAAGAAGGUCCACACCAUGCCUCGUCCAAGAGCAAGCCAAGCCGAAACCUGGUGAAGGCCGCCGUCGCCCUCAACAAGAUGGGUCGCAAGCCAUCUUGCAACAGCUCUAGAGACGAAACAGUGGUUUCGAACAGCCUUGUGACUAUUCGAGGCCAUGCGUCCACUUGCGAACGCAGCUCUGAAUCCAUCUCGCAUCAUUCUGUGCCUGCCACAAACCAAAUUGACGGCCAACUUGGCGUCCUGGACGGUGCUAUCGACUUUGAGUCCGAGAAGCAGUUGGCAAUUCGUAUUCUGAAUUGCAGAGACCCAUCCAUAAUGAGCCUCAGCUCCUCCAUCGAGCCCAUCAUCCCCGAAAGGGCUCACGAGGCUGUCUAG